AAUUGAAUAAUUUUUAAAAAUAUUAAUAUAACAAAAAGUAUGAAAAUAACAAAUAUAUAUAAUUAUACAGUAUAUACAAUUUUAUAUAUUUGAUAUUUCCUCAAAGAGGGCGCUUCGUGCGAAGUGACAUCUACGUGGUGCAACAUGUGGAUGAUUUGUUCAACGUAAUUUCUCAUUCAUUUAAUUACUUAAAAAUAACAAAUGUAACAAUACGUAUUAUUGAAUUAAGUAUACAAAUUGAGAAAAUUCUAUAUUAACAUUAACUGGAAAGAGUUAAAGAUUUGAAUUAACGGUCAUGUCACCUGCGAAUUUGCAAGUAAUGGAUUUUUCCGAGAUUUUGAACAAUGCAUCGGAACAGAGAUUGAAGUACAAAGAAUUGUGCACUAUGCUUCUUAAUUUUGAAACAAAGGCAGGUGAAGUAGUAAAAUGUCUCACAUUUUUAAGGGACAACAUUUUCUUACUCGAUAAAGAAAAGGAGCAUUUUGUUGGAACAUUACUGAAUGUAAAUUGGAUUGAGAGAAACGAAGAGAUACAAAUAUUGUAUGAAGAAGUCAUUUUGAAUUUAGUUUCUGCUCAUACGUGUUAUUUGCCAUCGGUUUUAAGAAUGAUUGUUUUAAAAUUUUAUGCAGGCAAGAAUGCAGUUGAAAAACCUUUCAUCACAAGUGAAGAUGCUGAAGUAUUUAAAAAGCUUCAUAGCUUACUAAAGAGAAUCAUCAAGCUUGUCCCUUUGUCACCACAGGUACUAAUGUCAAUGCUAGCAACAAAUUAUCCAUAUAUAAGGAAAUGUUCUUAUAUCCACCUAUGCUAUGUAGAAAAUAUAUUGAAAAUAUCUGAGUAUUUACCUGAAGAACGCAAAAAUUUGCUACAACUGAUUGUAAGCAAUAUGCUAGACAUAGAUGUCGAUAGCUCGGGAAUCAAUACGUUGGUAUAUCAUAAACCCGGAUCCACAUCAUCAUAUAUUCCGACCGGGUCAUGUGAUCCGGGCGCGUACAAGGCUGCAGCCUUUAGAGCUUUAAUCAGAAGAGCCUUUACGCAUUCGUCUAACAUCCAGGAUCGGGAUACCGAACUAGCCUACAUACUCUGCGUUGCCGCACAACACGGAUAUCACAAACAUAUACAUAGGCUAAUACAACAUCAACAACGUAUAUAUUCGGAGAGUGCGCAAGAAUCGGACCAAAUCGAGGACGGCCGUCUUGAAGAAAUAAAACGUAUCGCCAUCACAUACAAUCCGUACGUAAAAUCUAUAUACGCUAAGCUUGCCAGCAAAUGUCAGCUACGUCUAGCGUUUAGGAGGUGUCCAACCAUCUUCAACCUCUUACGUAAUGGAAAGGACCCUCCCAACCCCAUCAGACGCCCUGGAAUCUAUAGCAUCCCCAUGAAAGACAACAGGUGCGAUAGGGACCUAAUUUAUAUAGGCUCCACUAAACGAUCUAUGGGAGUCAGAAUACAAGAGCAUCUAGCCGAUAUUCGGCACGGAAGAACUUCCACGGCCCUCGCUACUGGUUUAAAAGAUAUAUUAAAUAUUAUGACAAACUGGAUACAUAAAUACAUAGAUUCCCAGUGUGAAAAUGCACAGUGCAUUACAGAUACAGUUAUUCAUGGUACAUUUUAUACUGUUUGCCAAACUGUUUUUUAUGUUUUUGUCUUUCAUCACAAGGGAUUAAUUGAAACAGAAAAUGUACAUUUGAGUAGAUAUUUAUUGUAUAAUUUGGACAUUGAAGAUGCCGAGUUAGAAGAAAAUUCAAUGUUUCCUAUGGAAGUCGAUCAAGAAGAAUCGGAAGAAAAUAUCAGAAUGAGACAUCCAUUAUCAAAUACAUUGGAUAUCCUUAUGGAAAGGCUAUUUACUUUUGUUGACAAUGUCUGUAAGAGAAAAGAUUCUUGCCUUGACUGGGAAGCAACUAAAAAAUUAUAUAAAGAAUUUCUGUUGUUGUUUGAACGAUUGAUAUUGCCAACUCAUGCUUGUGCACAUGUACAGUUUGUUAUGUUUUACAUCUGUAGUUUUAAACAGCCAUUAUAUGAAGGUUUUAUCGAUUAUCUAUGGAAGAAAGUUCAAAAUGUAAAUUUACCGUCUGUUAUUAGACAAGCAUGCGCAUGCUACAUAGGAAGUUUCCUUGCUCGGGCAAGUUAUGUAUCAAUAAAUGGUUUAAAAGAUAUAUUAAAUAUUAUGACAAACUGGAUACAUAAAUACAUAGAUUCCCAGUGUGAAAAUGCACAGUGCAUUACAGAUACAGUUAUUCAUGGUACAUUUUAUACUGUUUGCCAAACUGUUUUUUAUGUUUUUGUCUUUCAUCACAAGGGAUUAAUUGAAACAGAAAAUGGGUUGAAACACGUACGGAAACUGAAUUUCGAACGUAUAGUCAAUUGUCGUUUAAAUCCUUUAAAGAUGUGUUCACCAUCAGUGGUUGCGAACUUUGCAAAUAUUACUAAAACUUACCAAAUAGUGUACUGUUACACGAUCAUCGAGAGAAAUAACCGCAGUGUUUUACCUGUCGUUGCGCACACUUCGGGAAUCUCGCAGUCGAUAAAUGUGAUGAGAUUGGAUAUAUUUUUUCCUUUUGAUCCUUACAUACUAAAAAUUUCUGGUGAAAGAAUUCAGAACUUAUAUAGAAUAUAUAAGCAACCAUCAGAAGAAGAGAAUGAAAUGAAGGAUGAAGAAUUUGUUCCAGAAAGUAGUCCAUCAUCAGUGACAAUGUCGGACAGUUUAAGUUUGGGAACGGCGACGUAUCUCGGUUCUAUGAUAUUAAAAGAUAGGUGAUAAUUAAAAGGUAUAUAUAAUCAAAGUCUAAGUAUAUAUAUUUGAUACUAUUUUAACCCUUUAGAUACUGAUAAUCAUAACUAAUAAUAAAUAUAAUAAUCAACUGCUACUAGAGUUGAAACCUUGGAAUAUGACACUAUAAUUAGUGAUGUUG